CCAGGACACCAUGGCCCCGAAGAUGAUCCUCCUCCUCUGCUUGUUCUCGGGCUUGCAUGCACGGUCCAGAAAGGUGGAAGAGGAUGAAUAUGAAGAUUCUUCAUCAAACCAAAAGUGGGUCUUGGCUCCAAAAUCCCAAGACACUGAUGUAACUCUUAUUCUUAACAAAUUGCUAAGAGAAUAUGAUAAAAAGCUGAGGCCGGAUAUUGGAAUAAAACCGACCGUAAUUGAUGUUGACAUUUAUGUUAACAGCAUUGGUCCUGUGUCAUCAAUAAACAUGGAAUACCAAAUUGAUAUAUUUUUUGCUCAGACCUGGACAGACAGUCGUCUUCGAUUCAACAGCACAAUGAAAAUCCUCACACUUAACAGCAACAUGGUUGGGUUGAUAUGGAUCCCUGACACAAUCUUCCGAAAUUCUAAAACGGCAGAGGCUCACUGGAUCACAACUCCCAAUCAACUCCUCAGAAUUUGGAAUGAUGGGAAAAUCCUUUACACUUUAAGGCUCACCAUCAAUGCAGAGUGCCAGCUGCAGCUGCACAACUUCCCCAUGGAUGAGCACUCCUGCCCUCUGAUCUUCUCCAGCUAUGGCUACCCAAAAGAAGAAAUGAUUUAUAGAUGGAGAAAAAAUUCAGUUGAGGCAGCUGACCAGAAAUCAUGGCGGCUUUAUCAGUUUGACUUCAUGGGCCUCAGAAACACCACGGAAAUCGUGACAACUUCUGCAGGGGAUUAUGUUGUCAUGACUAUAUAUUUUGAAUUGAGCAGAAGAAUGGGAUACUUUACUAUUCAGACAUACAUUCCCUGUAUACUGACUGUGGUUUUAUCCUGGGUGUCAUUUUGGAUUAAAAAAGAUGCUACACCAGCAAGAACAGCAUUAGGCAUCACCACAGUGCUCACCAUGACCACGCUCAGCACCAUAGCCAGGAAGUCCCUGCCACGAGUGUCCUAUGUGACAGCCAUGGACCUCUUUGUGACCGUGUGCUUCUUGUUCGUUUUUGCUGCUCUAAUGGAAUAUGCCACCCUCAAUUACUAUUCAAGCUGUAGAAAACCAACUGUCACGAAGAAGAAAACAUCGUUAUUACACCCAGAUUCCUCAAGAUGGAUUCCUGAGCGUAUAAGCCUACAAACACCCUCUAACUAUUCUCUCCUGGAUAUGAGGCCACCUCCGCCUGCUAUGAUCACUUUAAACAAUUCGGUGUAUUGGCAGGAAUUUGAAGAUACCUGUGUCUAUGAGUGUCUGGAUGGCAAAGACUGUCAGAGCUUCUUCUGCUGCUAUGAAGAAUGUAAAUCAGGAUCAUGGAGGAAAGGGCGGAUUCACAUAGACAUCUCGGAGCUGGACUCGUAUUCCCGGGUCUUUUUCCCCACGUCGUUCCUGCUCUUUAACCUGGUCUAUUGGGUUGGAUACCUGUAUCUUUAAGUGCUGCCCUUAGUGAUCAGUGAGGAGCACUUGGUUCACAUCCUUCACCUUCCAUCACCCCCAGACUAGUAGUGACCAGUUGGGAAUAGCAAGGAAGGUCACUGCUCACUUUAUCUUUAAGUUAUGAAUUACCUUUCAGCAGCACAGGAAAUAUCUGGCAAAUAUUCCUAAUAUGUACACAUAUACACAUUAAUUUAAUUUUCGAGUGAUAUUCUUACUAAUCCCUUACUGCAUCUGUAGCUUGGUGAUAUUUAUGAAUGGUUUUGGAUAUUGGAAGCAGCGGCCUAUUACCCUUGCAAAGAAAUCUGUAAAACACAGAAGCAAAUGUCUGA